CUUUCAGUCCCCACAAAGAUGGCGCACGGUGGGCUGCUGGUCCUGCUGGUGGCGAUCACUCGCAGCGGCUCUCUCUCUGGCGCGGUGAUCCAGCGGACAGACUUGGACCGAGCCCAGGACUACUUACAGCAGUUUGGCUACUUGAAGGAGACCACAGACCCUCAGGACCCUCAACACCUGCAGGAGGUGACUGAAGCGCUCAGGAUGUUCCAAAAGGUGAACGACCUUCAGCCCAGCGGAGAGUUGGACGAGGCGACCUUGGAGGUGAUGAGUCUCCCACGCUGCGGCCUGCAGGACAACUUCUUCAACACUCACCUCAAGUUCAGACUGAUGGGUCGUUGGAGAAAGAAGCACCUGACGUACCGCCUGCACAACUACACACCUGACAUGAGCAGAGCUCAGGUGAAGUUGUCCAUCCAGCAGGCCUUCAACAUGUGGAGUGAUGUCAGCGACCUGACCUUCAGGGAGGUGGACCAUGGUCUACAGGAGGACAUCAGGAUCUCCUUCCAUGACUCACACACCUCUUGUCCUUUCCCCUUUGAUGGCCUUGGUGGUGUUCUGGCCCACGCAGAAGCACCAGAAUCAGGAAGAAUCCACCUGGACGAGGACGAGCUGUGGACGGAAGGCACGCGCCGCGGCUCUAAUCUGCGCAUCGUGGCUGCGCACGAAAUAGGCCACGCCCUCGGGCUAGGCCACUCCCAGUUUCGAAGUGCUCUGAUGGCACCGGUCUAUGUCGGUUACCGUGGCAACUUCAAGCUGCACUCGGACGACGUGAACGGCAUCCAGGCGCUCUAUGGCAAACGCACAACCGGCAGCCCCUCAUGGAGUCCAACAACGCCAGCUGACGUUCCUCCGACUGAAGGCAGCAACCACAGUCCUGCUGACCCGUGCACGGCCAGGCUGGACGCCAUCAUGCUGGGUCCUUGGAAGAUAACCUUUGCUUUCAGUGGAAAUGACAUGUGGACCAUCACUGAUCUUGGACACAACCCACCGACGAAUAUAAACCAACUGUGGAAGGAACUCCCCGGGAACCUGAAUGCAGCCGUGCACUCGCCAAGGACCAAUAAGACCUACUUUUUUAAAGGUAAUCAGGUCUGGAGGUACUCUGGCUCCGUGCUGGAUUACGGCUACCCUAAGAAGGUGCAGCGCAUCCCUGCUAACAUCGACGCAGCUUUGUACUUGGAGAACAACAAGAAGCUGGUCUUCAUCAAGGGUUCCAACUUCUGGCAGUGGGAUGAGUUGAGGUACAACAUCUUGGCCCACUUCUCCAGACCGCUGGCCAGGCUCUUCAGCGGUGUACCGUCCAGCCCAGACGCCGCCUUCACCUGGACCAACGGGAAGGUGUACUUCUUCAGGGGGGAUGACUACUGGCGAGUCAACAAGAGGCUGACUGUGGACAGAGGAUACCCGCUGAGCAAGAGAGAACGUUGGAUGAGAUGCUGAAGAAUGGCCACAAGAGGGAGCUGUUGUCUUGUUGUAGACCUGCUCCACUGCAGUGUGACCCAUAACUUCACCUUCUUGGCACAAACCUGCAGGAUAUUGUUUGAUGUCCAGGAUUAUGUAAAGACCUUUGUACCAUCUUGUGGCGAAAUUAAAUUGUUUUUCUCUC